GUGAGAAGAUGAGUGAUCCAGAACCCUGCAGAGUUAAACAGGAAGAGACUGAAGAACUCAUAGAUGUGAUGGUGAAGGAGGAGAGUGAAGAUGAGGAGAAACAUCAUGUCAAGAGUGAAGAAGAAACUCAAUCAGAGACUGAACAUAGUAUUUUAAUGAAAGAAACAGCCGCAAAAGAUUUGACCUGCACUCAGUGUGGAAAGAGUUUGGGGCGCAAAUAUGAUCUCAAGCGUCACAUGAGGAUCCACACUGGAGAGAAACCGUACAAGUGUUCACACUGCGAUAAGAGAUUCAAUCAUUCAGGAUACCUGAAAAUACACAAGAGGACUCACACUGGAGAGAGACCGUUUCACUGUGCUGCUUGUGGAAAGAGUUACACACAUUCAUCUUCUCUACAGACACACACGAAAAACUUUCACAAUCUGAUUGUGGUGGAGGAGAGUGAAGUACUGAGUGAAGAUGAUGAGGAGAAACAUCAUAAUAAAAGUGAUGAAAAAAAUCAAUCAGAGACUGAAGAUAAUAUUUUAAUGAAAGGUUUGACCUGCACUCAGUGUGGAAAGAGUUUUUGGCACAAAUACCAUCUCAAGCUUCACAUGAGGAUCCACACUGGAGAGAAACCGUACAAGUGUUCACACUGCGAGAAGAGAUUCAAUUUUUCAGGAAACCUGAAAACACACGAGAGGACUCACACUGGAGAGAAACCGUAUCACUGCACUGCUUGUGGGAAGAGUUUCUCAGAUUCAUCUACUCUACGAAGACACACAAAAAACUAUCACAACCUGAUGGUUAAAAAGGAGGAAAGUGUCCAUUCAAACGAGAAGCCACACUCGUGCUCUUUGUGUGGAAAGAGUUUUAAACAGCAGUCGCAUCUAAGACGACACCAGAUGAUCCACACCGAUGAGAAACCGCACAAAUGUGAUCAAUGCGGCAAAGUAUUUCAGAGGAAUUCAGACCUGAAGAACCAUCUCAGAGUUCAUGCAGACGAGAAGCCUUAUACGUGCUCCUGGUGUGGAAAGUUUUUUUCCUAUCAGUCGCAUUUGAGGCAACACCAGAUGAUUCACACCGGAGAGAAACCGUACACGUGUUCACACUGCGACAAGGGAUUCAGCAAGUUAAAUAACCUGAAAUCACAUCAGAGGAUUCACACUGGAGAGAAGCCGUAUACUUGUGCUCAGUGUGGGAAGAGUUUCAGACACUCAUCAUCUAUUAAUCAACACCUGCUGAUCCACAGCGGAGAGAAAACGCACAAGCUGAUCAUUACAGCAAUCCAUUUAUGAGGCCUUCGCAUCUGAAGGUGCACCUUAGGCUGCAUUUACACUGCAGAUCCUGAUGGUCAAUUCAGAUUUUGUGACUGUAUCCAGACUUGCAUCUGAUUGUCUACAGGGUGCAAAUUAAAGGAGGAUUUGGGGGGGAUUGACCCCUCAAUUAACACUUGAUCCCCCCCUGAAGGAUGUCAAAACAAGAUGGGGGCGGGGGGGGGGAUCUGCCAUAUUAAUAAUAAUAAUUAAAACUAGCAGUAAUAAUAAUAUUAAUCAUUAAAAUAAUAAGAUAACAGGUGGCUCAGUGGUUAGCAAUGUCACCUCACAGCAAGAAGGUCGCUGGUUCGAGUCCCGGCUGGACCAGUUGGCAUUUCUGUGUGGAGUUUGCAUGUUCUCCCGGUGUUGGUGUGGGUUUCACCCGGGUUUUACCCCACAGUCCAAACACAUGCGCUAUAGAGGAAUUGAUUAACUAAAUUGGCUGUAGUGUAUGUGUGUGAAUAAGUGUGUAUGGGUGUUUCCCAGUACGGGGUUGCAGCUGAACGGCCAUCUGCUGUGUAAAACAUCCGCUGUGGCGACCUCUGAUAAAUAAAAGGACUAAGCCGAGGGAAAAUGAGUAAAUGAAUAAUAGAUAAUAUAAGUAUACGUUUGACCACCCCUAUUAUGGUUCAUACAAUUGUGAAUGCAUAAUUGCGCCAAUCAAUGCUGGGAAAAAUAUCAUUCAGCAGUCUGAAACUGGCAGAUCUAGAGCACCGAUGGACAUCAUAAGUGUUCACAAGACAAUUUUCUCAUUAAAAUGAUGUUUGUAUCUACAAGUUAACUAAAAGUUAAGUCAAAUUAGAUGCAUAGUUUGUGUAGUUUGAUCUACGGUAAUGUCUGAAUGGCUAAUCAGAGGAAACUGUAGGUCAGAAUACACUAAAUAUCCCUCAAAACACUAAAAACAAAUACAUUUUAUCAUAAAUGAGAUGUCAUUUAAAUACAUACAGUGCAUCUGUAGAGUAUUGAUAGCGCUUCACCUUUUUCCACAUUUGUUUAUGUUACAGCCUUAUUCCAAAACUGAUUAAAUUCAUUUAUUUCCUCAACAUUUUACACACAAUACCCCGUAAUAACAAUAUGAAAAAAAUGUGAGUUUUUGAAAUUGUUGGAAAUUUAUUAAACUCGAAAAACCUGUGUUGGGCCAUUCUCCCUUUGUUGGUGUGGGUUUCCUCCGGGCGCUCCAGUUUCUCCCACAAGUCCAAACACAUGCGCCUUAGGUGAUUGGGUAAGCUAAAUUGUCUGUAGUGUGUGUGUGAAUGAGAGUGUAUGGGGGUUUCCCAGUGAUGGGUUGCAGCUGGAAGGGCAUCCGCUGUGUAAAACAUAUGCUGGAUAAGUUGGCGGUUCAUUCCGCUGUGGCGACCCCUUAUUAUUAAAGGGACUAUGCCGAAAAUAAAAUUAAUAAAUGAUAAAUUUGACAAAACUGUUAUAUUUAAUUGUCAUUUUCAAAGUAACAAAUAAUUUAUUUUGCCUUCAGCAAUUGAAAACUGACAAUCAAUGAAUAAAAGACAUUCUGAUUUAUCAUUACAACUGUAAAUUUAGAGAGCAACAAGUUAGUCGGGUAUAUUUGUAAAAUAUUUAAAUGAAUUUCUGGUCACACUUUACUAUAAGGUUCAUUAGUUAAUGUUAAUUAAUGCAUUUACUAACAUGAACAAUACAUUUACUACAGUAUUUCUUCAUGUUAGUUAACGUUAGUUAAUGAAAAUACAGUUGUUCAUUGUUAAUUCAUGUUAACUCACGUUACAUUAACUAAUGUUAACAAGCAUGGACUUGGAUGUUAAUAAUGCAUUAGUAAAUGUUCAAUUAUAAUUAAUCCAUGCUAUACAAGUGUUCAUGAUUAGUUCAUGUUAGUAAAUGCAUUAACUAAUGAACCUCAUUGUAAAGUGUUACCGACUCGGUCCCAGUCAUUCCCCUCGCUGGCCAGCAGAGGUCACCAUCCCCGGACUUUUAAGCAUUACAUCAUCCAUCUAAACUGAUUGUGCACACACCUGAACUGAAUCUAGUUAACGACCCACGCUUCCUAUAUAAACCACACCGCCUGCCACUGAUCUAUGCCUGGUAAAUCACUCUGUGUCUGUCAGCCGCCAGCCCCAAGACCAUUAUUGAUUACUGUUGAUGUGUGUUCGCACUUUAGUGCGUAUUGGAUGUUUGUGUGUGGUCUAUAUAGGAAGCGUGGGUCGUUAACUAGAUUCAGUUCAGGUGUGUGCACAAUCAGUUUAGAUGGAUGAUGUAAUGCUUAAAAGUCCGGGGAUGGUGACCUCUGCUGGCCAGCGAGGGAAAUGACUGGGACCGAGUCGGUAACAUAAAGUGUUAACGAAUUUCUCUUACAGCCAUGCUUUCCUCCAGUUAACUUUAUUAAUAUGGAAUUCCAAUAAAAUUCCCUUCUUGGCAUAAAUUCAUUUGUUACUAAAGACUUUGUUAGAGCUUUUUUAAUAUAUGGGACAUUCAACUAGAAACAUACAUUAUCUGUCCCUGAAAUGAAAACUCAAAUACGGUGAAUAAAAAGUAUUUCAUCUCAAA